CGAACAGAGGUGCGCAUGCGCGGGGGUUAAGCGUGCAGGGUGAGAUACACGUGAAGAGCAGUAAAAAUGGCAUCGCAACAAGAAGCAGAAAUUAUAUUCGCUCAGAAACUCGCGUCCAACGAGAAACCCAUCAGGAGUAAAGCGAUACUGAAACUGCGUAAAUACAUCAGUGUGCGAUCAGAGAGAGAGACGGGUGGAUUCACUGAAGUCGAGCUGUUGAAGAUCUGGAAAGGACUCUUUUACUGUCAAUGGAUGCAGGACAUGCCUGUGCUGCAGGAGGAACUGUCGACAAAAAUUUCAGGACUGCUCCACAGCUUCAGGACCGUUGACAGCCAGCUGCUGUAUUUUAAAACAUUCCUUCAGACUAUGAAGAGAGAGUGGAACGGCAUUGACAGACUGAGAAUGGAUAAGUUCUACCAGAUGGUGCGUUUUGUCUUUCGGGAGAUGUUUAAACUGCUCAGACAACAUGACUGGAAGUCCAGUCUGGUGAAUGAGUUUCUAGAGCUGAUGUCAGAACAGCUCCUACAGAGCUCCAGUUCGGCUCCGCCUGGACUCAUUCUUCACAUUCUGGAUCUCUAUAUGACUGAACUGGCUGUCGUCGGGUCAGAUAUGCUCACGGCCCAACAGAACCUGACCUUCAUUGAACCAUUCUGCAAGACUUUGGCCAAAACCAAAGAUCGGGUGAUGUUGAAGGCCAUUGGAAGUAACAUCUUCAACAGCAUCGUGGAUCAGGUUCCUUAUGCCAUCGAGGAUCUGCUGCGAGAGAUUGAGGAGUCUGGUCCUGAUCCCAUGAAUCAUACAGAUGAUGACGAUCAGGAGGAAGACAGCGGGCUUGUGGAGGAUGAUCUUUCUGACGUGAAGGGUGUUAAAGAUCACGAUGAAUGUGGACCCGUUCUUCAGUUUGACUACGGUGCCGUAGCCGACAGACUCUUUCAGUUGGCCAGUCUCACAUACAUCCCCAGCUUCAACCGCUCCAAAAUAUACAAGUUUGUGAAAAUAUUUCGAGACUUGGCUGAAGGUGUUUUCCCUCAGGAUGAGAUGGAGGAGGUGUCCACUGAUGAUGAGGAUGAAGAUGACGACAGGAGGAAAAAGAAGAAGAGGAAGAGGAAGAGAUCGAAGAAACAGUCACAGGAGAAGACAGACAAAGACGGGGAGAACCGCUCUGAGACGAUACCUGAAGAUCCAUCACAAGAACCCAAACAAGAAAAGAAGAGAAAGAAGAAAGGUGUGAAGAGUGUUGAAGAUAAAACACGAUCAGAUGCUGACAGACCCACAGCAGCCACCACACAAGAGAACAACGCCGAAGGGUUAAAGGUCAAAGAAAACCUGGUUCCAUAUAAUGAUUCCUCUGACCUCAGACCAGACGAGAAAGAAAGUGAAAGUGGAGCGGAUGUAGAGACGAACAUCAGUGUCCUUCCUUCAGCACUGCAGAAAAAGAAGAAGUUGAGAAAACUGAAGAAGACGACGACCAGAGAUGUUCAUGAUGAUGAGCAAACAGAUGAAAACCAGACAGCACACAUCAAUUCUGCACCUGAACACACAUCCAGAGAAGAAGAGCCGUCCUCAGAUCCCUCCACGAUCACAACACCACUGAAGAAGAGAAAAGUGAAGAAGAUGAAGACAAGAGAUGCUCAUGAUGGAGAGAAAACGGAUCAUUUGAAAGAAGAAAACUACUCUGGAGAAUCAAACGUAACUUCUGCACGUGAUGAAGAGCAGUCGUCAGAUCCCUCCACACCGAAGAAGAGAAAGACCAAGAAAACCUCCUCAGAUCAGACAGAAAACAACAUGACAGCCAGAAAGAGUGAAAGAGUGAGAGCUGUGAAGUCUGAGGCUGAAGAGUCACAUGAACACACAAACACCAGCCAGAAGAAGAAGAAGAUGACAACACUAAAAUCUCUAGAGCUGAAUGGAGACACGACUGAACCCAAGAGGAGGAAAAAAAUCAUGAUGAACGGACACACAGAGAGUGUGAAGAAACCCAAAACCCUCAGUAAGAAACCUGUCAAGCAGACCGAUGGAUUUGUGUUCAGUGAGAAGAAAAGUCCCACAGCUCUCUUCUGUAGAUCUACACGCAUGAGCAGGAGACGGCAGAGUUGCACAACUCCAAAAUCAGAAACCAAAAAAGUGACUUUCGGGCUGAAGAAUAAUCAAACAAUGGAAUUCAGAAAGAUGGACAGAAGUGCACUGGUGAGUCCUGGCGGUCCAUCACGUGUUGCUUUUGACCCCAAGAAGACACCGGUGUCUGGAGUGUUGAAGUCGCCCACGUCAUCUCCAGCGCUCCGGAGAAGAUUCAACGCUGCAGAUUUCUUUUAAAAUAAAACAACUUGUUUCCAUACGUGUAAAGCUCUUUUAUAUUCCAGUUUCUAAUGUUCAUUUGUGUUUCAUCAGCUGGCCAAUGUUAGAAAAAAAGAGCUUUAUAUUUCCUAUAAAAUUAUUGUAAUGAGUGAACAAAGAUGAUUAAAAAAUAUCACAUCCUCA